GGAGGGAUUUGGGGAUAUGUCGAUAUUUUAGCUGUUUGUUUUCUAGUUAUUCUGACAUAUUGAGUGGCGGUUACUUCAGCAGGACGAUGCUUCUUCAGCUACUGUUAUGGGCGACCCUGCUCUGUCAAAUCUGCGAUGGAAAGGCCUUCCCUCAACGACACAAGAGGACGGUUUGGGGGCCUAAUAUGCAGCAAAUUGAGCCGGUCAAAGACCCUUCUCCGUCGUUUUCUCUUCUAGCUCCAGCAAAAAUAAGGCCUGGAACAAAACAGAACAUCCUGGUGGAGGGACACAACCUGGCAAAGGUGGUAAAAGUCACUGUCGUGGUUUACGACUAUCCAAACUCCCAAACUGCCUUGUCGCGGGGCUCGGUUUUCCUCAAUUCAGACAACAAUUACAGCGCCCUGCAAACCCUAGAGAUCAACCCAAAUUUGCUACUUCCAGAUGGAAAAAAGAAAUAUGUGAAGCUCGUUGCUCAGUUCAGCAAUAUCUAUCGUGCAGAAAAAGUAAUGGCGGUGUCGUUCCGUUCCGGACACAUCUUCAUUCAGACCGACAAACCUAUUUACAACCCUGGAGACAAAGUGCGUUUUAGGGCUUUUGUGUCUGAUUUGGAAUUUCGUUCUUCUGAGAGAACCAUAUCUCUGGAGAUUCAGAAUCCAGAUGGAAUUGCGGUGCAUGGUAUUGGGAGAGUUAAAGCAAUCGAUGGGGUCUUUUCUGACAUCUUCUCACUGUCUACUGUAGUCAAAGAGGGCAGAUGGAAAGUUGUAGCAAAGUUUGAUCAGGGAAAAGAGAAUGUUUUCAGCAGAGAGUUUGAAGUGAAGAAAUAUGUGCUUCCAGCAUUCAACGUCACACUUACUCCUAAAACAUCCCACCUCAGUCUGGAUGCAGAAAAGUUGGAAGUUGAAAUAACAGCCAGGUAUCUUUAUGGCGCGCAAGUGAAGGGUGUUGCGUAUGUGCUGUUUGGUAUUGAAAUUAAUGGUGAAAAGAAGAGACUCACAUCUAUGAAGCAAAUUGAUGAUGUACUAAAUGGAGGAAGUGUUAGUUUGACUAUGGAGGAGAUAAAGAGAGCUUAUCCUGACAUAAACAGCCUCCUGGGGUCUACGGUGUACGUCAAAGCAUCAGUAUUGACUAGUUCAGGUAGCGAUCUUGUGGAAGCAGAGAAAUCCGGCAUUAAAAUCGUAAAUUCACCCUACAUGCUUACCAUCAAGGACACACCAAAGUAUUAUAAACCUGGUCUGCCGUUAGCCAUGACGGUUAUCGUGAGUAACCAUGAUGGAUCUCCAACUCCUAAUAUUCCUGUAAAAGUCACCUUUCUUAAAAGGCCAAUCAGUGUCCACAGUGGCACCAUCAACAUUCACAUCAACAUGCCGAAAAAGCGCAUCCCAUACGGCAAUUCCCAGAUGUUGAAAGUGGAGACAGUGGAUCCGUCACUGAAACCAGAACAGCAGGCCAUUCAAGAGGUAUACGUCAAGCCGUAUUCUACUUUUAGAAGUCACGGUAACUACUUGCACGUCUCAGUGGGAGCAAGUCGAGUGGUGGUCGGUGGCAGUAUCAGCGUUCAAGCGUACAUCAAAUCCUCUUUACCAAACCACAGAGCGCUCGUGGAGCAUCUCACAUACAUUGUGUUAAAUAAGGGGAAAAUAAUUCAGGCUGGUAGAGUGAAUGUCAAAGGCCAGGACGUAACAAGCGUUCAUCUGCUCAUUACCUCAGAAAUGCUACCUGCAUUUCGGUUUGUGGCGUAUUACGUUUUGCCAUGGCAGCAUAGUGCUGAAGUGGUGGCAGACUCAGUGUUUGUUGAUGUGGAGGACCGGUGUGUAGGUUCGCUUAAUGUUGGACCAGUGGAUGGAGAAAUAGUCAGUUCUUACUCACCAGGCAGCAGCUUUAAAUUUCAAGUGAAAGGUGAUGUUGGAGCAAAGGUCAGCCUGGUAGCUGUGGAUAAUGCCAUCUUCUUGUUGAGUAAAAACCGCCUGACGCAGAAAAAGGUCUGGGAAGUGGUGGAUCAGGCUGAUAUGGGCUGCACCGCAGGAGGAGGCAAGGAUAAUAUGGGUGUUUUCAGUGAUGCAGGACUGAUGUUUCACUCCAGCACAGGAGGUUCAACUGACUCCAAAGAAGACUGCUCCAGUAAAACUAAACGACGAAGACGUUCUGCAGCCAAACUGCAGCUCAGAGAUCAGCUCGUCGUUGUAGAAGAAGAGGAAGAAGAGGGGGCUUCAGUGUUUGAGGAAGAUGAUUUGGCUGAUCUUGAGGAUAUUUAUGUGCGCAGCAAGUUUUUUGAGUCGUGGUUGUGGACCGAUAUCAGACUGCCUAGCACUGCCAAGUCUGAUGGGUUGGCUGUGUUUCCAGUGGACACCGUUCUUCCAGACAGUAUCACACAGUGGGGGUUUCUAGCUGUCAGUGCCUCACCUGAGAAAGGUGUCUGCGUAGCUGAACCAUAUAACGUCCGCGUGUGGAAACCGUUCUUCAUCGACCUGCGUUUGCCUCACUCGGUGUCCAGAAAUGAACAAGUGGAAAUCAAAGCUGUGAUCCACAACUACAAGAACUCAACACUGGAGGUUCGUUCCACACCAUCAGUAAAUGUUGUGAUGGUGAUCCUGGAGAAGACAGAGGACAUGUGUAGUGUGGCCUAUACGGGACAGCACAGACAGCAGGUUACAGUAGCAGCUGGUUCCUCUAAACUCAUUACAUACACCAUCAUCCCUCUGAAAACAGGAGAGCUUCCUCUACAGGUCACUGCUGUCGCUGCCUCAUUCAUGGGUCAAGAUGCAGUGAAGAAGAAUCUACGCGUAGUAGUUGAAGGCAUUCAGACACUUAAAGUGAGGAGCUUUGUGUUGAACCCAUCAGAGAAAGGAGGCAGUGCUGGGCAACAGUUGAUUCAAGUCAAGAAGCUGCAGUUGGAUGCUGUUGUGCCGAAAUCUGUACCAGAAACAUUUGUCAAUGUCAGAGGUGAUUUGCUGGCAGACAGUAUUGAUAACUCCAUUAAGGAGGACUCAUUAGCAGCGUUGAUUCGGAUGCCCGGAGGCUGUGUGGAGCAGAACCUGGCCAGAAUCACUCUGCCCCUCAUCGCAGCUCAUUACCUGGACCGCAGUGCAGACUGGGAGAUUGUGGGAAUCAGUCGCAGAGAAGAGGCCAUCAAAUACAUACAGAAAGGUUAUGAAAAUCAACUUAACUACAAAAAAUCAGACGACUCGUACCCUCCCUACGCCAAUGAAGGCACCAGCACAUGGAUCACUGCGUAUGUGGUGAAGGUUUUCUCCAUGGCGCAUUCAUUCAUUAACGUCAAUGAGAAGCAUCUGUGUGGCCCUCUGCUCUAUUUACUCAAGAAUAAACAGGGUUAUGAUGGAACUUUUCAAGAGAACAAUCCUGUUUAUGACACCAGUAUGACGGGAGCUAUGCGGGGAUCUGAAUACAAAGCAUCUUUGACUGCAUUUGUACUCAUUGCUUUAGCAGAGGCACAAGAUAAAGUUACUUGCCAAGAUCAAGAAGUCAACAUACGGGAUAAGUCUAGACAGGCAGCAGGGUAUCUGACAGAGCAUUUCUCCCGGCUGACCAGGCCAUAUACAGCAGCUAUAGCAUGCUACGCGCUAGCCGUAUCGAACAACGCCUGCGUGAAGAGCAUGUUGCUCAAAUUUGCCUCACCUGAUCAUUCCCACUGGCCUGAUUCAAACAAUUAUUUUUUCACACUGGAAGCUACAGGCUACGCACUGCUAGCGCUGAUCAAAAGUGGCCACAUGGAAGAGGCAGAAGCUCCAUUUCGAUGGCUGAAUGAGCACCGUGGCAUUGGUGGAGGAUACGGCUCUACUCAGUCCACCAUGGUGGUUCUUCAGGCCCUGUCUGAGUAUCUAGUGAAGAGGCCUCCUCCGUCAGACCUCAAUUUGUUGGUUCAGCUCAGCGUUCCUGGUCGGAGUGAUGUUCGCUGGACCUUCAAUCCCAACUUGGCUUAUGUGGCCCGUUCUUCACGAGUCCCUCUUGAUCAGGAAUUCUCAGUGGCGGCUUCUGGGAACGGCAAGGGUGUUUUGGAGGUGCUAAAUGUCAAUGUUUACCAAGAAUAUCUUGAACUAGAAUAUAAAAAUCGAGAUAUAAUUCAUCGUUUAUGUGUAAUAGAAAAAACCUCAUCGGAUGUAGAAAAGUCCUUCAGACUCAAUGUCAAUGUGAGGGCUCUGGAAGAACGUCAAGUGAGGAUGGUUAUUCUGGACAUCGGCCUGCCUACAGGCUUUGAACCCGAAAACUCUGAUUUAGAGUUGCUCACAAAUUCAGUGGAUCGCUACAUCAACAACUUCCAAGUGGUGGACAACCUGAGCGACAGAGGAUCCCUCAUUAUUCACCUGUUCAAGGUGUCCAACAAAGAGGCAGAAAUGAUCUCAUUCAGACUCAAUCAGAAAUUUAAAGUGGGGCUCCUUCAGCCUUCCACAGUCAAAGUUUACCAGUACUACAACAAAGAUAAAAGCUGUAGCAGGUUCUACUCUCCUCCUGAAGACAAACAGCAGCUGGAUCAGAUCUGUGAAGGCGACGUGUGCCGCUGCUCGCAGGGUGACUGUUGUGUAAUGAAGUAAGACUUCGCAUUUUUUGGUAAAGAGCAGAGGAAUGCUGCUGUAUGCAACGGAUUACAUCAUGGUGAAUAUUUCUUCAGAGUAAAUUACUGUUGUUUAUUAUUCCUGUCAAUGAGCAACUUUUCUUCAGCCUACAGAGUCAAGCUGAUCAGCAUCAGCCAGAGUCACUAUUACCAGUAUGAGAUGGAGAUUGUGCAGGUUAUUAAAGAAGGGACGGAGGAAGGUCUGAAUGAGAAGGAGAGGAGGAUGUUCCUCUCUCAUGCGAGCUGCAGGACCAGGCUUAAUUUGAGAGAGGGUCAGGAGUAUCUGGUCAUUGGGCCGAUCACUGAUGUUUGGAAUGCAGGAAGCACAGUGUCCAACAAGUAUGUGUAUACGCUUGGGAAAGAAACGUGGGUUGAGCGCUGGCCAGAUGAGUCUGAAUGUGGAUCAACACUGCAGAAGAAAUGUGACGAGCUGAAGAGCUUUGCAAAGAAACUGAUUGAAGACGGCUGUCAGGCUUGAGACUAACUUCAUCUUAUGUGUUAUUGUGAUUCUUAAAGUCCACAUGAAACAGAAGUGAUGAGAAGUUUAUUUCAGUAGGUUGAUGUACUUUCAACUGAAACAGAAUAUUGAGUGGGGGGCGGGGCUUUCUUUGCGCAUCAUUCCCUCAUAGCAAACUAACGGUAAGAGAAGCUAUUAAUAAAAGCAAAUGGUCAGUUUGGUUGAAGAUUACCAAAACAAUUUUUUUCCAGUAUAUUAACUUACACCGAUUAAUUAUUGACCUUAAGAAUAACAGUGUGAGCUAGCAAAAAUAAACACUGUAAAUUUUGAUUUUGCGCACACUUUAAUAUAGUUCUUUCAUUAAAAAUAUAUAUUUGUCUUAACCCAUUUCAUGUUUCACCUAGUGAUGGACCGUACAUCCACUAUUUUUCCACUUUUUUGCAUUUUGUCACUAGUGAGGGUUUUCACUGUGGAAAAAAACAUCAGAAAUGUACUUUGUUAAUAAUUUUAAGAAAAGAAAGAUCUAGUUUUCUUGCUGUUUCUUUCUUUUCUGCCGUUUGGGUUUUAAAAUAAAAUCAGUUGUCUAUUGUCUACACAA